AUGGCCGCUCCGCCGCCGCCGCCCGCGAUGUGGGCGCCGCAGAAAGAGGGCGUGGACCAGAUCCUGCAGCUUCUGACGGAGUAUCGCGCCCCGGGGGCGAACCAGCAGCAGAUGUACCAACGCCUGCAGCAGUGCGCGCGGAUCCCCGACUUCAACAACUACCUCGCCGCCAUCCUGUGCGACGGCGACGGCGUCCAGGAAGAGAUUCGACAGACCGCGGGCCUCCUCCUGAAGAACAACCUCAAGACGGGGUGGGAGACCACGGCUGCGGAGUACCGCGCGUUCAUCCAGCGCGCGCUUCUCCCCGCGCUCGGGCACGCGUCAAAACUAAUCCGCCAAACCGCGGGCACGUGCGUCUCCAUGGCGGCCAGAGCCGCGGGCCCCGCCGGGUGGCCGGACCUGUACCCCGCGCUCGCGCGAUGCGUCGAGAGCGGCGACGCGAACCACGUCGACGGCGCGCUGGACGCGAUAUACAAGACGUGCGAGGAGCUGAACGGGCGGCUGGACGUGGACGUGCCGGGGUUGCAGGAGGGGUCGCCCGCGGGGUUGCUCAUCCCGCGUCUGCUGACGCUCAUGGCGAACCCCGACAGCGCGACGAUCCGACGAAGAGCGCUGGGGGCGAUCAACCUCAUGGUGCCGUGCUGGCCGGAGUCGCACGCGAAACUCAUGGACACGUACCUCCAGGGUUUGUUUCAGCUCGCGCUCGAUCAGGACAACGGCGUGAGGAAACACGUGUGCUCCGGAAUCGUCGGAUUGCUCUACCGCGCGCCGGAGAAGCUGACGCCGAACAUGCGCGAGGUGAUCACGUACAUGAUCGAUCGCACGAACGACGGCGACGAGGACGUCGCGCUCGAGUCGUGCGAGUUUUGGGCCGCGUUCUGCGAGGCGGACUUGGAGCGGGACACGGUGGAAACGCUACGAGAGUUCACGCCGAAGCUCAUUCCGAUGCUUCUCACGAACAUGGCGUACGCGGAGGACGACGAGGAGGUGUUGCAGGCGGAGGACGACGAGAUCAACCGUGGGAGGGAGGACAGCGACAAGGACAUCAAGCCGUCGUUCAGAGGGACGAAGGACAAGGGCGGCGGGCUCGGGGAUGGCGGCGGCGGUAACGGCGGCGGCGGCGGCGGCGGCGGCGACGACGACGACGAGUACGGCGCCGACGACGACGACGAGGCGAGCCAGUGGAACCUCCGCAAGUCGAGCGCGAACGGCCUGGACGUCAUGUCGAACGUGUUCGGGGACGAGCUCUUGGGGAUGAUCCUCCCGAUCGUGGAGCAGCGGAUGCGCGACCCGAACUGGCGGCUGAGGGAGUCGGCGACGCUCGCCGUCGGCGCCGUCAGCGAAGGCUGCACGACCGGUCUCACGCCCUUCUUGCCUCAGCUCAUCGAGUUUUUGGUGCCGUCGCUGGAGGACCCGCGACCGAUGGUUCGAAGCACGACGUGCUGGACCCUGUCGCGGUUCUCUCGAUGGGUCGUUCAGCUCGCGUUCCCCGCUCGCCCGGGGGACCCCCCGCCGGCGACGGCGGAGCAGGGGAAAAUGUUCUUCGACAAGAUCAUCAACGGCCUCCUCCGCCGCGUCGUGGACCACAACAAGCACGUGCAAGCCGCCGCGUGCGGCGCGCUCGCGACGUUGGAGUCCGAAGCGAGGGAGGACAUCGCGCCGUGGCUCGGCCCGGUCGUCACCGCGCUCGCGCAGGCGGUGCACGCGUAUCAGAGGAAAAACAUGCGAUGCGCGUUCGACGCCGUGUCCACGCUCGCGGAGUGCGGCGGCGACGCGCUCCGGUCGCCGGACGUCGCGAAGGCGCUUCUGCCGCCGCUUCUGCAAAAGUGGGAGAGCGGCGGCGACGCGCAGCCGGACUUGUACCAGCUCCUGGAGUGCGUCACCGCCGUGUGCGCGGGGGUGGGUCUAGGCGCGCAGGAGUUCGCCGCGCCCGUCUUCGCGCGCGCGCUGCACCUCGCGCAGACGCAGCUCACGCUUCGCGAGGCGGAGAUUCGAGCGGGGGCGAACAACACGGACUUCUCGUACGUCCCCGACCACGUCAUCUGCGCGCUGGAUUUACUCUCCGGGAUCGCGGACGGGUUGGGGAACGCCGCGGAGGCGCUCGUCGCCGCGCACGCGGACGCGCUGCGCAACGUCAUCGUCGCGUGCGUUUCCGACCCGCACUCCCCGGGCGUCCGUCGCAGCGCGUUCGCGCUCGUGGGCGACGUCGCGAAGAGCGGCGCGGGCGCGCACAUCAUCCCGUCGCUGCCGCAAAUCAUGGAGUGCGCGGCGGCCAACUUGAAGCCCAACAUGGUGAUGGCGUACAACAUGUCCACGUGCAACAACGCGUGCUGGUCCGCGGGGGAGAUCGCCGCCGCGUUCCCCGCGGAGGUUGUCGCGCCGUACGCGCAGACGUUGGGCGCGUCGUUCGUCGGCGUGCUGCAGAUGCAAAUGAUUCAGAGGAGCCUCGGCGAGAACGCGGCCAUCGCGUUGGGAAGGUUCGCGAUGAGGUGCCCCGAGCAGCUCUCCGCCGGGUUCGGAGAGCUGCUGUCUCCGUGGUGCGGCGCGCUGCGACGACUCCGCGACGGCGUCGAGAAGGAGCACGCGUUCGCCGGGCUCGUGAAGCUCGUCCAGGUCAACGCGCAGGGCGGCGUCGGGCCGGGUUUGGUGGACAUGAUGAACGCCAUCGCGAGCUGGCAGUACGUGAGAAGCGCGGAGCUUCACGCGAAUUUGAUGAGCGUGUUGCGAGGGUACGAGCAGCUGCUCGGGGCGGAGCAGUGGGGGCAGCUGAUGAACGCGCUGCAGCCCGCGGUGCAGAGGAAGCUCGGCAACUUCGCGAGCACGAACCAGCGGAACUGAGCGAGGGAGUUCCAGUGGGAUCGGAGGAGGAGGAGGAGGAGGAGAGAGGAGAGGAGAAGAGAGGAGAGAAGAGGAGAGAGAGGAAGAAGGCGGCGGGGGGGGGGCGUCUCGAGGAGGAGGCGCCGACGGACGGGAAGGAGGAGGAAGAGAGGAGAGGCAGAGGAGGUCCAAGUAGGAAGCAUAGGAAGGAGGAGAUUCGGAAGUAGGAACGAGGGCACGAUAGGAGGAGAUGGUAGGAGGGGAUUUAUUGGAACCGGAGUACGUCAAAC